AUGAAUAAGAAUAAAAAGUUAGUGGCGAAAUAUGAUAUACGGCAGGGGAAUAAGAAGAUUGAGAACACUGAAGAAGCACCAGUUAAAAAAAGUAUGAAAGUUGAUGUAGGAUGUGAAUCACCUAAACAUUCUUCAGAUUUACGUCUUUCUGGACAUAGCACACCAAUUCGAAAGAAGAAUUAUGCGUUUGAUGUAGAAGACUCCCCUGAACUUGAUUAUCAUUGUAGUCCAAUUUCAUUACCAUGUACUCAAGAUGGGGGUAACGAAAUUGCAUGGGAUUGGCAAGUCUCUGUUACCAAAUGUUCCAAUGACAAAUCUAAGUGUGAAACCACUGCAGUGGAAACUCCCAAAAGGACCAAACAGUUGCAAAAGAAACGAAACUCUAAUUCUCCUUUACUACAAAAACCUCUUAAAAGGAAACAAGUGAAAAUGGAAAACAUAGAAAAUAUUGGAAAAUUUACUGCUGAAUUGAAAGCAUUGUCAGAACGAAUGAAAACUAUGCAGCAAAAUGGUAACAGCCACAGUACUGUAAAUGAUGACGAUAAUCAAGCUGAACAUGAAACCAGAUUAUUGUUAGAAGCGGACAGUGAAAGUAAUGAUGACAUUAUGUUAGAAAUUGGUGUUAACAACAAGUCUACAAUAAACACCAUUAGUACCAAUAAUAAUAAAAAAGAAAAUUAUGAAGAUCUAUUUGAUGAUUCGGUUAACGACUCAAUGGUGAAGUGCAGUCAAGAAAUUGAGGAAAAAUUGAAGCUAAAUAAUAGUAAAGGGAUUGGUAUGGAAUUAUCUACAGUGAACGAAGAGGAAGAGCUAUUCUCUUCUGAAAAAGAAAUGCAGCAUUUGACAAUAUCUAAUACCUCUACUACAAAUUCUAAGAAUUCUAAUAUCUUUAAAAGUUCUUCUUCGGUCAACAUAAGUAGUCAUUUAAAAACAUAUUCUAAUAAUUCAAGUAAAAUGAGUUCCACUAGUUCAAUCUCUGGUUCGGUCUCCAGUUCCAAAGAUGCAAGUACACGAAAAUCUCAUUUUAACAAUAACAUACCGAAUACAGAAAUUGAAAAUAAUAUCUUACAAGGAAAAGUCAUGUCACAAUUUCCGGAUGAUUCUUUUGAUGAUUGUUUAGCAACAUGUAUGGAAGAUGAUAAAGUAUUAUCUAAAUUGUCAGAAUAUGACUUCAGUGUUUCAGACUCAGAUUGUGGUUUGAAUUAUUCUAGAAAGUUUUCUAAACAAACUGUUACUAAUACAAGUAGGAAUAAAAAGAUUUCAAACAGUAAUGCUUCCAAGUCACAAAAUUCAGUACAUAACAAAUCCAAUAGACACAAAAUAUCUAAGCUUAUUUUUAAUGAUCUUGCAGAGGAUUACAAAUCGGUAAACCAUAAAGAAACAGUACAGAAAACCUUCAUUGGUAACACUGCUUUAGAAACUAGAAAGUUCUUCAAAACAAAAAGUUUGUCGGAUCAAUACUUUUAUCAAAGUAGGAAUCCUAGUGUAAGCAAUAAAACAAAUAAAACUGUUGCAUCAUCUGAAAAGCGAUUUCAGUCCAAUUCAAUUGUUUCAUCAGUAAGUACUAGUUUUCCCAUUACAAAAGAUCAGAGACCAUAUGAAAGUAACAAUAUUCCAUCUAUUAAUGGUAUAGAAAAUGCAUGUAUACUCAACAGAUUGGAAGAAAAAGAAGUUGGCAAUUGUAUUGUUAAAUACAAAUCGACUAGUAAUUUAGGUAGCAUAAAGGAGACUGUUAAAGCAUCCCACUCUGUUCAGUGUACACCUGAAGAGAUAGAAAGGAAGCGGCUAGAAGCAAAGAUGAGACUGGAAGCAAAAAGAAAGUCACAGCAGAAUACAGGAAUAACUGGUACUCCAUCAGAAAUUCCGGUCAAGAAGUCUGUGAAGAGGUGAAGGUGUUAAAUAAAGUUCAUU